GAAAGACAGACGUUGACUAUUCGAAUCUAAUCGAUGACUCUGAUGAAGCCAAGUGAAUUUUUUCCCAACAGUUUGGGCUGCCUCUCACUUUUGCUUUGAUCAACCAGUCAAUGCGAGGUUGCACUUCCUGGUCCCCUUUGGUCAAUCAACAGGUCAGGCACAGCUGACCCAUGGAGGAAAGACCAGACAGUCCCAGAGCUGUUAAGGUGGAGGAGCUUUCUCAGUGUGUCAUCCUGACUUACUUCAAGGGAGACAUCAACAGCAUGGUGGAUGCUCACUUCAGCCGAGCUCUCGGCAAAGCCUGCAAGUCCACGGCACCUGCAGCAAAAGUCAAGAAAAUACGGAAAACUAUUAAACUGGAGCCCACCAUCGGCUCCUGUCAGGGCAGUGCAGCUGAGUCCUACGAAGAGUCGCAGGCCCCCCCAGUACCUGCACACGUCCUCAGCUUCAGCUCCGCAGACAACACCCCCGGCUCCUGGCACUCCUUCACUGCCAGGACAGGGGAGGGUUCGGGGCUGCCCUCCAUCACAUACUCCUUGUCUCCAGAGGGGCUCAGUCUUACCGGUCAGCAGUAUGCCACGUCUCUGCUCAACCUGCUGCACAGUGACCGGGGGGAGAUGGGGCCCAGCAUGGCCUCCAGCUCCAAGCCAGACCUGCUGCCCAGCUGGACGGUGCCUCCAGGGUUCAGAGAGUCUGUGGACCCGGCUGUGGGCUUUGAACCUGGACGGCAUCUGGAUAAGAAGGACUUGUACUGGUACUGAGGAGAAAAGGACGCCAGCAGCAGACAUCCACUUUAACGUCACCACGUACCUGCGGCUCUGUAAAGCCUCCCACCUUACUGUUCACUCCAGUAGCCUUUCUUUUUUUAGCCAUCAAAUAGGCCUCUGAGUGUCAUUUGCCAACACAGUCGGAAGAAAUAGCAGAGCUUCUACUCCCUGUCCCGCUCUCCCUUUUCCUCAGUAAGAAUGAUCUCAGUACCUCAGCAUGUACUAACUCGAGCAACCUUUCUAAAAGGGAACACUCUGACAAACCGGUUCCUCCACUCUGUCUUUCCUCUUGUAGAUGUCAGGGCACUGUAUGUGUUGUUGCUCCCUCUGCGGUGGAGUGGGAUGAAGGGCAUUUUCUUGUGCCUUUAUCAGGCAACUAUCUUAAAUGUGUAAAUAGGCCAGUAUUAGGUGUGAACACUGUGAGCCUCUUGCGUGUAUAAAUACUGUUGCUAUUGGUUAUUACUCAGGAUGAGUUUUAGUUGUGAGGACAUUUUGUGCAUAUGAACAAAAACAAUGAAGGAUAGUAAUGUUAUGUUGUUUUCUGUGUCAUGUACUGUAAAAAAAUGAAUCAUAUACACGCUUAAAUAAAUAUAU